UUCGUAAGCGCACCGGCGAACGGAGCCGCAGUCGAAGCGCCGAGUGGCCUGUAAGCGAGCGGCUCGCAUUCCUGAACAGCGCACGUCGGAGGAGGAGAAGGCGGCUGCGGAGCGCGGCGCUCUUCUUUACGGAGCCUCAACAGGAGGAAGAAAGCGCGCGUCUCGGCUUCCUCGCCCACCCUCCCGAGUUACUCGUUCCCCACCCCCAGCUGUGUUGGCAGAGAGAGGACAGAGAGGACGGGUAGGGACCCGACGCCCGGGCGGGGGACUCGCGCUGCCAUGUCGGAGUUUCUGGUGAAUCUGCUGGGCGAGCGGCUCGCGCGCGCCGGCGACGCCGAGGUGGACGUGCAGGCGCUGGGCGCGCGCCUCUCGCUGCUCGGGCUCUACUUCGGCUGCAGCCUCAACGGGCCCUGCAGGCAGUUCAACGGCAGCCUGAGCGACUUCUACAGCAAGUUCAAAACGACGUCGGAGCACAGAGACGAGCUGGAGGUCGUGUUCAUCUCCUCCGACCAGGACCAGAAACACUGGCAGGACUUCUUGCAGGAGAUGCAGUGGCCGGCGCUGCCGUUCAAAGAGCGCCACAAGAAGAUGAAACUGUGGAACAAGUAUAAAGUGACCAGCAUUCCUUCCCUUGUGUUUGUGGACGUGGCCACGGGGAAGGUGGUAUGUCGAAAUGGACUCCUGGUCGUCCGAGAUGACCCUAAAGGCCUGGAGUUUCCGUGGGGGCCAAAGCCUUUUGCUGAGGUGGUGGCAGGGCCCCUCCUCAGGAACAAUGGACAGUCAACAGACAGCAGCUCUCUGGAAGGAUCCUAUGUGGGGGUCUACUUCUCUGCCCACUGGUGCCCUCCGUGCCGCAGCCUGACGCGGGUGCUGGUGGAGUCGUACCGCACCGUGAAGGAGUCGGGCCAGAAGUUUGAGAUCGUGUUUGUCAGCGCUGAUAGAUCGGAGGACUCCUUUAAGCAGUAUUUCAGCGAGAUGCCGUGGUUGGCUGUCCCCUACUCGGACGAGGCCCGUCGCUCACGACUCAACAGACUUUACGGGAUACAAGGUAUUCCCACUCUCAUCCUGCUGGACACAGAAGGCCGGAUGAUCACCCGCCAGGGCAGAGUGGAGGUGCUCAAUGACCCGGACUGCCGGCUCUUCCCCUGGCACCCACGGCCCGUGCUGGAGCUGACUGAGGCCAAUGCUGUGCAGCUCAACGAGGGGCCCUGCCUUGUGCUGUUCGUGGAUGCAGAGGAGGAGGGUGAACUGGAGCCAGCCCGGGAGCUGAUCCAACCCAUCGCAGAAAAGAUCAUGGCCAAGUAUAAGGCCAAGGAAGAGGAGACUCCGCUGCUGUUUUUUGUAGCGGGAGAGGAUGACAUGAGUGACUCCCUGCGUGACUACACAAAUUUGCCGGAGGCGGCACCGCUGCUCACCAUCCUAGACAUGUCUGCCCGGGCCAAGUAUGUGCGUGAUGUGGAAGAGAUCACACCUGAUGUGGUGGAGCAGUUUGUCAACGACUUCCUGGCAGAGAAGCUCAAACCAGAGCCCAUCUAGACAGAAUUGGGAGGAACAGACCCCCCCCCCCCCCCCCCCAAACUUCUCCCAUCAUCUCCAAACACUACUCCCUUGUUCCUCAGCACCCCGUGGGAGGACAGCCUCACUUUUUAAACAUUUUAUUUCUAAGAGUAAGAAAAGUGUGUCCUCCUACCAUGGAGGUCUCCCAUCUUCUGCGGUGCCUUGCGUGCAGCCACAUCUCCCUGAAGCACAGUCUGCUUGGUGUCCUUCAGCCUUUUUCUAAAAGAUGGAAUUCUAUUCACUUGCCUAGUGGACUUUUUUUUGAGUGUUUUGUUGCUAUUUGACAUACAAAACUUUAAUCAAAACCAUGUAAAAGCUGAUGUGCUUGUGCUGCAAGUUUCUAUGCAGGUUUUUAAACUUGCAUUUGGUGUAGCUGUCUCUUCAAAGUCUUAUUGAAAUGCCCUUCUGUCAUGGAAUGAGCAGCCGAAAUAUCGAGGAGAAAAUGAGGGCUUUCCAUGGAAAUAGAUGUUCUUUGUGGAACUAUGUUAUUCCUAGAUUAGGUCACUUUUCAGGGGUUGCAGUAGAAUAUCAUAACAAAGGAAUUUGUCUCCUUUAAACCCCUUUCUUGUGCUCUUUAUAUAUUUAGGCAUGUCCAAGCGGUAUCCAAGUCUGCUGCCAUGGCAGUUUAUAGGAUUUUCUGUGAAGGUCCCGACUAGGAAAAAUGGCCAGUUAUUUUUAAAGGCAAAAAUGGCAUUUUGGGACAGCCUUACUUUUGUUGGUGUUGGAAUUGUCAUAGUAUCCGUUUCUCCCUGAUUGUCUUUCUUAAAACACUAAGCAAUUAAAACUCACCGAGAAAGUCACUGUUCUUGACACCAAACCUGGCAUUCUGUCUUUUUUGUAAAAUGUCAUUUCUUUCUAGAGAUUUCUGUUCUUUCACGCACCAUUCAUGACACUUUCUAAGCUAUUUGGUAAAGAUAUACAUAUGAACUGGUAAAGUAAGACCAGGCUAUAUGAAAGGAGGCAACAGUGUGGUUAACACAAAAAUACAGUUUGCUGGUUUUUACAUGUGGGUGCAUUCAGCAAAUGGUUUCCAGCACAAAAUAGGAUGUGGUCCUGAUAUAAUAAACCAUGCAAGACCAGUUGGUGUUCAUAUGAGGCACAGUAAAUAACAUGGGAUCUUUAGAAGGAAAUCACAAGGUUGUGUUUAAAAGAUGUAAUGAAG